GCGACACAGUCUUGACAGCCUCUUCGGAAGGAGUAUUUCUUUGUUUCCAUCGCUUGUUUUUCUCCUUCCAAAACCCUAAGCCUAUUCUCUAUGGAGUUCUGGGGUAUUGAAGUUAAGGCUGGACAGCCUAUCAAAUCAGACCCUGGUGCUGAUUACGUCAUCCAUCUUUCCCAGGCGUCACUUGGUGAGGCGAAGAACAAGGCAGAAUCUGUUCCACUCUAUGUGAAUGCUGAUGGGAAGAAACUCGUUCUUGGAACGCUUUCCCACCAGAAUUGCCCCCAGUUAUCUUUUGAUCUUGUAUUUGACCAAGAGUUUGAGCUUUCUCACAACUGGAAAAAUGGGAGUGUCUUUUUCCUCGGUUACAAAACUUAUAUUCCAGAGGAAGGUGAUGAUUUUGAUAUAUCUAGUGAAGAAAGUAGCGAUGAGGAGGAGAUUCCUCUGGUUGCUGCAGAAAAUGGAAAAUCCAAGACAGAUGCGAAGACAGAUGUGAAAACAGCCAAAACCGAUGCUCGGAAACCAGAAGCUGUCAAACAAGCUGUCAAGAUAGCAGAACCUAGCAAGAAAACUGCAGAACCUAGCAAGAAAACUGAGGAUGAUGAUGAUUCAGAGGAUGAAAGUGAUUCUGAUGACUCAGAUGAUUCUGAGGAUGAAGAUGAGCCUGAUGAGAUGUCUAUGGAUGAAAGUUCAGAUGAAGAGGAUGAAGAGACACCUAAGAAGGUCGAGUCAAGCAAGAAUAGACCUGUGGAAACUGCAACCCCUGCUUCAAAAAAGGCUAAAUCUGCAGUUUCACCCCAGAAGUCAGGUCAUUCUCGUUUUACAGAUGGUAAGAAGGGUGGCCAUACAGCAACACCGCAUCCAGGGAAGCAAGCUGGGAAAAAUUCAGCAAAGACUCCAAAGUCUGGCGGUCUAGGAUCCCACAAGAAGGCAAAGCAUGGUGGCAAAUGAGGUUGGGUUGACAUGCUCUAAUGUGCAUGUCUAAUUUUGAGGGAGUGAGGCAUCUCUUGUCUUGUGUUUUUGAUAGAAGUUGGUUAGUCAAUGGGAGAUUUAAGGUUUAAACAAACUUUUGCGGCGGUGUUUCCCUUUAAUGAUU